CCACGUGUACCCGGUGGCGGACCAACUAGGCUUAACGCGUUGUCGUGGCCCACGCGUUUUAUCAGUAAUCAGUGGUCACUGAUAUCACUGAUAAUCACUGAUGCGUCGCCGGUGAAGCUCUUGGUUCUGUUGAGUUUCUGUGCGGCAUGUCAAAUCUUCGAUUCACAAUGAGAUACAAGCUCUGUGUCGCACUGAUUCUUUUUUCUGUUUUAAGCUAUGUCGCUUGUCAAUAUAGGACAAAAAACAACCAAGGGACCUCCUUGGCAGAGCGCGUGCAGCAAUUAACAGAGAUGGCUAUGAAAAAAUCUGUACUGAAAUUCAAUGGAUCGAAAUUUAAACAGUACAUUAAAUCCCCUCCAAGGAAUUAUUCAGUUAUAGUCAUGUUUACCGCUAUGGCACCUCAGAGACAAUGUCAGAUUUGCAGGCAUGCCAACGACGAAUUUACAAUAGUAGCUAAUUCCUUCCGAUAUUCUCCGUUAUACUCCAACAAAUUAUUCUUCGCCUCUAUCGACUUUGAUGAAGGAUCAGAUGUCUUUCGGUUGAUGAAAUUGAAUACUGCUCCAGUAUACAUGCAUUUCCCACCUAAAGGUAAACCAAAAGCUGCCGACACUAUGGAUAUCCAGAGAGUAGGGUUUGGUGCGGAAGCAAUAGCGAAAUGGAUUGGUGAACGUACAGAUAUUCAGAUCCGAGUAUUUAGACCACCAAAUUACUCUGGUACAGUAGGAUUAGGAAUGCUCGUGGUUAUUGUUGGAGGCGGCCUGUAUCUUAGACGUAACAACUUGGACUUUAUUUAUAACAAAAAUCUCUGGGGAUUCCUCGCUUUAUUCUUUGCCAUAAAUAUGACUUCUGGACAAAUGUGGAAUCAUAUCAGAGGGCCACCUUUUAUUCAUAAAUCACCAAAUGGCAAUGUAGCUUAUAUUCAUGGAUCUUCUCAAGGACAAUUUAUAGUAGAAACCUAUAUUGUCAUGGUUAUGAAUGGAGCGGUGGUAUUAGGAAUGAUCUUAAUGACUGAGGCUGCAGCUCGUAAAGGAGACGUUAAGAAACGCAAAAUAUUAGCUGUGAUAGGUGCAGGAUUAGUCGCAAUUUUCUUUAGUCUCCUUCUAUCAAUAUUUAGGAACAAGGCUCAGGGUUAUCCAUAUAGUUUACUGUUUAAGUAACUAAAUAAAUCAAGUAACUAAAAAGAUAUCUUCAUACACUAUUCAUUUGAAUGAAGAGUUUUUGGGAGUUUGAUGUGAAAAAACUAGGAAGAUUUUUUUACAAAUAAAAAGUAAAGUUAUAUUGUUAUAAAUGUUGUAUCAUGUUCAUUAUAUUAUAUAUGUAAUAUACAAAUACUUAAUACUAUUGUACAAUAAAGCAGUAGUAUAUGGAAA